CUCUAUAUCUCACUCCUCGAACGUCUGUUCGUCCCAGGAACGAUACCAUCUACCCAACGGGCGACGAAGAGACAAAGAGGUGAUGGGGCUAAGGGGGACAAGUAUCUAGUCGAGAUUAAAGUGCUCAUCAUAAUAUCCGUCUCCAAUUUUGGGUUCAUUGUCCUGGCUGGCAGUGAUUCCAUAAUACAGUGGGGAGCUGAUUCUAUCCGCAGAGACGUUGAAGCCAGAGGACUAAUUCCCGGACUUCACUGCUCCAGAGACUCGUUCAAUUCAGCCUUCUCCAUACUAGACACUGUUGGCGUUAUGGUGCGGGCCAUUCUACCAGUUUUCUUCAUAUUAUUGUUCUUGGUGGAUUUCAAGUCAGUCAGGAGAUGUCUGCUAGGACACAGGCAGCUAAACUUGCAAUUGUCCACUCGACUAACUCUCUCCCAAUCUACUAUUGUAUAG